AUGGACAUUGCUGUUCCAGCCGCCGCCGACAAGAAGGCCGCCCCCAGGUUCAAGCAGAGGGCUGCUCGUACCUUCAAGAGCAAGGCCCCAAAGCCUGGCCAGAAGGGAUUCGGGGACGACAUCCCCGGCAUGGAGGGUCUCGGCACUGACAUCACGGUGGUGUGCCCAUGGGAAGCCUACGGGGACUUGGAGCUCGGGGACCUGGCGAAAUAUGGAAUCGUCUAGAAUCUCCCUCCUGUUCCCGUUACCGCCUGUUCAUUUGAUUCUAGAAUUGUUGCUCCA